AUGAGAAUCUUUCUCUUCUUCCUUCUGGUCUUCGGACUGCUCCGUGAGCUUGAAUGCAUAAAAGAGUACGAUCAGUACGACGACGAAGACUUGGCGCUGAGCAUUCCCGAAGAUGCCGUCGGAGUCCCGCAGGAGUUCAGGUCGUUGUCAAAUUCAGGAUUCCAUGUUCAUCACAACGACUUUUUCAGAAAACGAGUGUUGAAAGAGAUGAAAAUACGUCAGAAGCCGCACGACAUUCCAAGAAUCGCUGUUAUUGCAACUAUGACGAAUCGAUCUGCGGAAAGAAUAUGACGUGUGUGAAACAAGAUGGAGCCGCCUGUUAUCACGCUGUUGAAGAGGUUUUGAAACGUGCAGAAGCUUCAAGAAAUGAUCUGUUCAGAAGUACAACAAGUCCGCGAAACGAAUGGAAACCCAUCAUAAAUGGGGUUGUGCCACUCUGGAAAGGGGCAGCGGAGCAUCUCAUUUGACGUGCAACUCCUGGCGAGCAGCUCAUCGUUCGCCGAAGAGCAUCGGAUGUUGCUACGAAGGAAACUAUUGCAAUAAGGAACUUGUCCCUCCGCCGUACGCUCAUCAUCACAAUGGUAAGCCUCACUUCGCAGAUGGUGGGGACUAUUCGAUUUCAGAAAAAGCUCUUCAAAACUCUACUGACGACUCUGAAAACUACCAAUCACCGAUGAGAAAUGCCACCCAGGGAGUGGCCUAUUUCUUCAUUGUCAUCUCAAUUCUGGGAUUGGUAUUCGCAAUUCUUUGGUGCUUAUACCGAUGCUCCAAUAGAGAUGGUAAGCGAGAAACAGAACAAUAUCGAGGUGAGAAAAAUGAAUUCAGAAGAUAAAGUUAAAAUCUCCUCACUUGCAACUGACUCAUCUUAUUUGGACGAGAAGACCAUGAUGCUCGAAGACUCCGGGUAUAGAUUUUGAAAGAUCACAAUCGAAAUUGUAUGAUUCUGUUUCAGGUCGGGUUCCGGACAGGCCGCAUUGAUUCAGAGAACAGUCAGACAGGAUCUGACUAUUAUCAAGACUAUUGGACAGGGAAGGUAAGGCAAUAUAAGGGAGAGACAGAAGCUGAAUUAAGCAUUUUUAGAUACGGGGAAGUGCGCAAGGCAGCUUAUCGUGGCAGUUAUGUGGCUGUGAAGACGUUCUACACGACGGACGAGGAUUCGUGGAAGAACGAGCGAGAUGUAUACCAGACGAACAUGAUAAUCACGAGAACAUUCUUCGUUAGUCUUCCCACCUCUUCGAUACUCUCCAACAGACUUAUUCUUCAGAAUUCGUGGCCGCUGACAUCUGGAGUGAAGAAGAUUCGAUGACGAAGAUGCUGCUGGUGACUGAUUACCACGAGUUGGGAUCCCUUUCCGAUUACCUCUGCCGCGAAGAAACACUCACCACCGACGAGGCGCUCCGUCUCAUUCACAGUUGCAUCUGUGGAAUUGAGCAUCUGCACACGGCGGUGCAGGGAACUGGAAGCUUCAGAAAACCAGAAAUUGCUCACAGAGAUAUCAAAUCGAAGAACAUCAUUGUGAAGAGGCCGGGAGUCUGCUGCAUUGCCGACUUGGGACUUGCUCUCAGAUAGUGAGUAAUUUUAAUGAGCAGAAAAUGAUAUUUCGUUUUCAGUUUGAACGACAAAAUCAUUCCGGAUAAGUUCAAUGUUCAAGUGGGAACGAAGAGAUAUAUGGCUCCGGAGUUGCUCUCGAAUACGUUGAACCCUAAAGAUUUCUCGCAGUUCAAAAUGGCGGACAUUUACUCGAUGGCUCUAGUUAUGUGGGAGGUCGCCAGAAGAGUCGAGGUACCAUCAGUUCUUGUUCUACCCAUUUCAGGAAUGUUUUCAGGUGUGCGAAGAAUGCGAAGAAGUGGCAGCGGUGGAUGAAACUCGUGCGGAUCACAGUGCUUCUAGUGGAAUAGGCGACUCUUUGAGCACCACGGACACCAUUUCCCGCAUGCAACACCGUCAGAAAACGAGCAUCGAUCUGUCCCUGAAGGCCAAACCGUACGUGCCUCCGUUCGAUGGAACUGUGGACAACGAUCCGAGUUUCGACGAGAUGAGGGACGUCGUCUGCGUGCGAGGGAUGCGUCCGCCGCUCGAGUCCGCGUGGGUCAAAGGAAGCGUUCCGGCUCUGUGCGAACUGAGCAAACUCAUGAAAGACUGCUGGCAUCCGAUCCCACAGUUCCGGCACACUGCGCUGAAACUGAAGAAGGAGACGACUAAACUGAUUCAGAUGACUGAUCGACAGGUACCCGCAUCGAAUCAGGAUGAACUCUGAGGUAACGAGGACUGUUUUCAGAAGCAGCUUCCUGGCAAGUAUCAGUCCAUCAGCAAGACAGUGGACUCGUCGAGUCUGCGACCAAUCGCUACGCUAUCUGAUUUCCAUUUCACUCAACAUUUAUCCAUUUUCGCUCGUUCGUAG